AGAGUAGGGGACGUCUCUGGAGCCGGCAGGUGGAAGGAGGAGUAGUCUGGAGAGUAACUGCCAGGAGUUGGUGCGCCACAGGAGAUGACACAUGGGGUCUCAACAUUCCACCUCCGUUCACACGUUUUGUCAACGAAAGGAGGAUGACAACCCAGAGGACUUGCUGGCUGAGAGAGAGCAGGAGGAAGCCAUUGCUCAGUUCCCCUAUGUGGAAUUCACUGGGAGAAAUAGCAUCACCUGUCACACCUGCCAAGGAGCAGGCUACAUCCCAGCAGAGCAAGUCAAUGAGUUGGUGGCCUUGAUCCCGCACAGUGACCAGAGACUGCGUCCUCAGAGAACUAAACAGUAUGUCCUCCUGUCUGUCCUGCUCUGUCUCCUGGCGUCUGGCUUGGGGUUCUUCUUUCUGUUCCCACACUCAGUCCUCGUGGACGAUAACGGCGUCAAAGUGGCGAGAGUCACAUUCAACGAACAGGACUCCCUCGUGAUCCUCGAUGUCACGGUAAGACGGAGAGCCUCCCUCCCUGGCCCCUGCACUCGCCAGCCUUGGACCAGGACCCCUAACGCCCACUUCCGCCCUUGCCCCAUUCCAGGCCACCCUGAAAAUCAGGAACUCCAACUUCUAUUCUGUGGCGGUGACCAACCUGCUCAGCCAGGUUCAGUACAUGAGGGCCGUGGUUGGCACCUACACGACCGCUAAUGUCUCGUUCAUUCCCC